AUGAGAAGGGAGUGUCAUCCAUUGUUGAGGGGUGUGAGAGAGAAUAGCAAAUAUAAAUAUGGAUUUUCUGUAUAUGAGAUGGAUUCACUCACAAGUAUAUGUGAGGUUGUGUUGCCUUCAUUGCCAAUGGAUAUUGAUGCUAUGAAGAAGCUUAAAAAAGAAGACCAACAUGAUGAUGAUGAUGAUGAUGAUGAUAUUUCAAUCAAGAAUGUGCAGUCUUUCUUCAACAUCUCUGCUUCGCAGUAUCCAAUCCCUCACGAGGUAGCUGAGACAAUAUUGAAGAGGGCAGUAACAGAAGCAGUGAUAUUGAUUAGAGUGAUUCUAUGGCUUCUAGCAACAAGGUUAGGCACUUUGUUGAUUUGUGGUUUGCUCUGUCUUAGUAAGGAAUGGCCCUUUAUCAACAACUUCUCAAGUAUGUCUUUGGAUAAAAGAGAGAAGAUUGUGCAGAGGGGUCUCAAUCAUAAGUUCCUCACUCCUUUUAGACUCACAUUUGCUUAUAUCAAAGUCCUAUGCCUCUUUGUUUUCUUCUCUCGGGUUGAUGAAAAUGGUGAUAAUCCAGCAUGGAAAGCCAUUGGAUAUGUGGUAUCAUCAGGUGAUGAGAAAACAACAAAUGUGACCAAAAAGAGACCCCUUGAAAAAGGGAUUAUAGAAACCAUGCACGAAAAUGACUCAACUCUUCAACAAUCUCUAAUUAACAAAGGCCUCAAUGUUACACUAGACUCCAAAAACAACACACUCAAAAUAAAAUGUGAUGCAGUAGUUGUUGGUUCUGGCUCUGGAGGAGGUGUAGCAGCUUCUGUCCUUUCAAAUGCAGGACACAAAGUGCUUGUUCUAGAGAAAGGAAACUAUUUUGUUCCAGAGGAUUAUUCAUCACUAGAAGGUCCUUCGAUGGAUCAACAAUAUGAAUGUGGAGGAAUGUUAGCUUCUGUUGAUUCAAGAAUACUUGUUUUGGCAGGUUCAACAGUUGGUGGCGGCUCAGCUGUUAAUUGGUCAGCUUGCAUAAGAACACCAAAAAAAGUGUUAAAAGAAUGGUCAGAGGAACACAAACUUUCCAUAUUUUCAAGCUUAGAGUAUCUAUCUGCUAUGGAAACUGUGUGUGAGAGAAUUGGUGUCAAUGAAAAUUGUACACAAGAAGGGUUACAAAAUCAAGUACUGCGAAAAGGGUGUCAAAAUCUUGGCUUAAAAGUUGAUUAUGUUCCAAGAAAUUCAUCGGGGAAUAAUCAUUAUUGUGGUUCAUGUGGUUAUGGUUGUCCAAAAGGAGAGAAGCAAGGGACUCAAAUUACAUGGCUUGUAGAUGCUGUUGAAAAAGGUGCUGUGAUAAUAACAGGAUGCAAAGCUGAGAGGUUUUUGUUUGAAAGUAAUUACAAGAAUGGAAAUGCAAGAAAGAAGAAAUGUUUGGGUGUUUUGGCAAAGACUUUAAAGAGUAGAGUCACAAUGAAGCUGCAGAUUGAGGCCAAAGUAACAAUUUCUGCAGGUGGUGCACUUCUGACACCUCCAUUGAUGAUAUCUAGUGGUUUAAAGAAUAAAAACAUUGGUAGAAACCUUCAUCUUCACCCUGUGUUAAUGACAUGGGGAUACUUUCCAGAAUCAAAAUCAGAUCUCAAAGGUAAAGUCUAUGAGGGAGGUAUAAUCACAUCUGUUCAUAAAGUACUAUCAUCAUCAUCAUCAUCAUCAUGCGAUGAUUCAAAAUCAGACACAAGAGCCAUAAUUGAAACACCAUUACUAGGACCAUCAUCAUUUGCAUCUCUAUGUCCAUGGGAAUCAGGACUAGACUUCAAACAAAGAAUGCUAAAUUUUCCAAGAACAUCACAUUUAAUCACAAUAAUAAGAGACAAAGCAAGUGGGAAAGUAACAACAGAGGGAAGAAUAAGCUACAAAUUGGAUUCAACUGACAAAGAAAAUAUGAGAGUUGGUUUACAACAAGCAGUGAGGAUUCUAAUAGCAGCAGGAGCAGUUGAAGUAGGAACACACAGAAGUGAUGGUCAGAGAAUUAAGAUUAAUGAGAAUAUUAGUAAAAAGGAAAUUGAAGAGUUUAUAGAUAGUGUUUGUCCUAUGGAUGGAGCAUUGUGGCCAGGUGAGAGCUGGAAUUUGUAUAGUUCUGCUCAUCAAAUGGGGAGUUGUAGAAUGGGCAUGAAUCAAAAGGAAGGUGCUGUUGAUGAAAAUGGUGAGAGUUGGGAAGCUGAAGGAUUGUUUGUUUGUGAUGCUAGUCUUCUUCCUACUGCUGUUGGUGUUAAUCCUAUGAUUACUAUUCAGUCAAUUGCUUAUUGUAUCUCAAGUAGAAUUGUAGAUUUUCUUAGAAAGGGUCGAAAAUCAAAAGAUUGUUGAUUUUACUUUUCUAUGCAUGUAUGGAUUCACAAUGAGUUUGGUGAAAUCAUAGUAAACUACACUAUAUUUGUAAA